UUCGUUCCAGCAUCAGUCAUCUACCAGCAAUCGUCUGAUAAGCUUGAGCUCACUGAGUCCUGAGGAAUUGAAGUUCACCCUCCACACCUCCACCAUGAAGACAUUCGUCGCUAUUGCUGUCGUUGCCCUGAUCGCUGGCACUUUCGCCCUCACCAUUGACCAGAAAAAGAAGGCGGAAGCAUACGCGGCCGAAUGCGUCAAGACAUCCGGUGUACCACCGGAGACGGCGGCCAAGCUGAAGGGUGGUGAUUUUGCCGGUGCCGACGACAAGACCAAGUGCUUCGCCAAGUGCUUCCUGGAGAAGGCCGGCUUCAUGACGGACAAGGGCGAGAUUGAUGAGAAGACGGUCAUCGAGAAGCUGUCGGUCGAUCACGACCGGGCAAAGGUGGAGGGACUGGUGAAGAAGUGCAACCACAAGGAAUCCAAUCCUUGCGAGACGGCCUUCAAGGCGUACCAGUGCAUCUACGCUGCCAAGGGUGCUGUCGUCUAAGAUCGUCGUCUGCUGGCAUUGAAACUCUCCUUUGGGACUCGAUUUGUUUUGGUUGCUAAAAUUUUGUUAUUAAAUUAUUUAUUAAAA